AGUGUCCUCUGCGGUAGGGGUAUCCGUUGUCCCCCCAACACGGGUAGAUUUAGUCCAUCCCAAAAAUAAAAACGUGACGUUUGUCUCAAGACACACUACUUCCCCAAUCAGAAUAUUAAUCAAUGCAAAGAAUGAAGAAAAUGUUUCUAAUUUGGAUAUAAGACAGAUAGUGGAUUCGAACAAUGUUUAAUUGACAAUCCGUGCUGAAAGUGAAGACGAACAAAUUGGUUACUGAACAAAUUCGUUUAAUGAAAAAAUUGAAGAAAUUCUUCCAAAUGAAAAUCGGGUACCACUUUGAUGACAUGACUAAUUUCUUUGUUCAGAAUUUCACUUGUAUUACCGGUACUUUAUUUUAGUUAGUAAGUUCUCAGAUAUUUAUUACUCAUAAGGACAAUUUUCGUACACUUUUGGGACUUUUUUGGCAUUUUUCUUGACAUAUAAACGAUGAUACUGCGAACAAAUUUAUUUGCACACCGAAAGAUUACGAGUUUGCUGAUAGGUACUUCACAGAUAUCGCUCAUAUCAAUCUUUGCUCAGAUAUUAAAAGCGUGCUUUCAAUAUUGUAACCAAACACUCGGUCGCAAUGCUUCGAAUUAUCGCAAUCGUCCUUUGUUUAAUAAUGUUUACAAGCGGCCAACACCAACUGCCCCAAGGAAAAGUGGAAGUACUAUCUCCGUCAAAAUUGAAAGUAACUGUACCAGAGAAGGCUGGAAUUAUGCGUGUAAGCUUUUUCGGCCGAGUAAAUCAAGAACUUCAAACAAACGAUAACGGUACCAUCGCCAAGGAGUUGCAGCAAACAACGGGCGGACUUUGGACUGUCGAAGACGCUACCGUCAAUUUGAAAGCUGGUGAUACUCUGUACUAUCGUCUGCACUUCGACUACUUCGAUGGAAAGACCGUGAACAACGUUCAGCAGGACAUGCAGAAACUAGUCAUUGAUAAGCCCAUAUUGGAAGCUCCAACUACAAGUAAGCCAACAACAACCACACCGAAGUGCGAGUUCACGCCAACGAUGGUCAACGGCAAACGUAGCUGCAGUGGAAAAAUCAUAUUUCAAGAAUUUUUUAAGGAAAUCGCUCCAAUCCGAUGGCAAACCGAAACGAAAUUCGCGCAAGGACCCGACUACGAGUUCGUCAUGUAUCAAGCACACGCCGAAAAUUUGUUCAUCCAAAACGACAUGCUGCACAUCCGCCCGACACUUGUCGACAGCAGACUAGGUCCCAAAGCGACCUUAACCAUAACGGAGUACGACAUAGGAGAAAACUGUACGGGAGUACCCGACUCGCUCGAGUGCGUGCAAAGACCAAAAGCCUGGAUGGUCCUUCCUCCCAUCUUCUCAUCUCAGAUUACUACAAAAUAUCGCAUGUCGUUCGUUUACGGCACGAUCGAAGUUAGAGCCAAACUACCGAAAGGCGAUUGGAUUUAUCCACAGUUGCAGCUGAGAUCAAAAAGUGACUAUUACGGGCCCGACUACGACUCAGGUUUAAUCCAGAUAGCGUUUGCACCGGGCAACGCGCGUAAUAAUAAAGUUUUGAGCGGCGGUUGCGUCUUCGGCGAAUCGGUUUUUGCGAGGAACUACGGCGUUCGGACUAUACAGUCGACGAAGGAGUGGUCCCAGAAUUUUCACAUUUUUAAACUGGAGUGGAGGCCAGAUGGGGUUACUUUAAGUGUUGAUAAUGACGUUUACGGAAAUAUUUAUCCGCCCGAUGGGGGUUUCGCUACAGAGACGGAAUUGGGUAUGCACGGUGCCACGGUCCAACGGUGGCGAAAGGGUAGCCAAAUGGCGCCUUUUGACAAAGAGAUGUACCUGAUGUUUGGGGUUGGGGUGGGUGGUUUUACUUUUGGAAAUAGGAAAGGGGUGCAGCAGCCGUGGGAUAACGACGAUCCGAAAGCGCAACUAAACUUUUAUAAAGCCACCGAUCAGUGGUACGGUACCUGGAGCAACGACAGCCGGCUAAUUGUCGAUUACGUCCGAAUAUGGGCCUUGUGAUUAUAGUAUUUAAUUAUUUAUUUUUGUACGUAAGAUUUUAUUUAUUAGAGUCUCAGCCAUGACUUACA